UUGGUUGUGGAAUCACAAAACACUUGGGCAAGAUAAGACUCGCCCAGUUCAGUUAUACCAGUGAUUACCAGGUGUUUAGCCUAGCUUGUAAGUGAACUUAAAAAUUAAAAAUGAGUUCUAGAAAUAUUCUAUAUUAUUUAGCCAUUGGAUUUUUAAUUAUUGGAAUUUUCUUAAAUGAAAGCGAAGCUAGACGAAAAAUUUUACGAGGACGUAAAAAUAUAACGCGAAGAUAUUAUAACGGUACAGCAAUUCCAGCAUGGUCUAUUGCUAUGAUUUCAGGCUUGAGUAUGUUAAUAAUAGGUGGUGGACUAUAUCUUAUUCUUAAGAAAUUAAUGAUUGACUCAAUUGAAAUAAAUGAAGCAUCUUCAUAUCAGCCUGCAAUGCAAGAUGACGUAUAAAUGAUUUUUUAAAUUAAAAAUAAUAGGCUUAAAUAAUAUAUA